AUGUCUCUACAGUAUGAUUCUGAAUUCGCGAAGGAAGCUGCUCCUAUCCUACAACACCUUGCUCGGGCCCCAAAGCCAGCGUUAAACAAUGUCGCCACAAGGCGUGCCAUGCUCGGCGCCAUGACGAGUGAGGAAAUCAACUUACCGGACGACGUUGAACAUGUGGUUCACAGUGUCGCCGCGCCAGAUGGUCACAACGUCCCCGUCCACCACUUUCGCAAGAAGGUCCCAGCUCGCGAGGGAGGCGAGCCUGCCAUUAUCCAUAUCCACGGCGGAGGGUAUAUAGCUCUGAGCGCAGUCGGAUGUUCAACUCCCCAUGGGCCAUCGGUUUCUCAGACUGGAAUCCAAAUCCUGAGUAUCGACUACCGACUGGCGCCCGAGAACCCAUACCCUGUACCUCUGGAAGAUUGCUGGGCUGUCCUACAAUGGAUCCAAAGCAACGCGGAACGACUGUCAAUUAAUCCAGCUCGAAUUGCGGUCAUGGGAGAAAGUGCCGGCGCGAAGCAGAUUCUUAUUUAUCCCAUGCUGGAUGACCGGACAAGCACCAACCAUGCGGGUGAACUGGCUUUCUGGGAUGAUAAGGACAACAUCACGGGUUGGACUGCGUAUCUAGGACCGAAGGUGGGAAGUGACGCGAUUAUUCCCUACGCUGCGCCGGCUCGAGUCGAGACCGUGGAGGGGCUUCCUCCACUAUACCUGGACUGUCCUCAACUUGAUAUCUUCGUGCACGAGGGUAUGGAGUAUGCACGUCGGUUUUUGGCUGCCAAUAUCCCCACUGAGUGCCACAUCUACCCGGGUCUACCGCAUGGGUUUGAAGCGCUCGCACCUGGCAUAGACGUCACCAAACGGGCUAUCAGUAAUCGCUAUAAGGCCAUGACUAGCUUUUGA